CACUGACGCUGGUUGGUCAUGUAAAUUAACUCAAGCCGUCUUUUUAUAUCGUUUUGCAAUAGGCCAUUCAUUGUACGUACAAGGCUCAUGUGAUACAUGGGAUAAUCACGUUUCUGAAUUGUGACAAAAGAACUGUGUCUAUGGCAAUUAUUAACAUAUUUUGAUGUUAAAUCAUUCCAACGAAGAUUCGGAGGAGGACGAGGAGGAGGGAGAUGGAGGAAGAGCGAAAUAUGUUUCUAUUGUGACCAUUUUUUUCUCUGGUUUCAUACCAGGAUUCCUUCAGAAUUUGGCCUGCUUUCGAAGAGUCGCGAUGCUGAACGUCCCAUCCCAGUCGUUCCCUGCAGCCAGCUCUCAGCAGCGUGUUGCUCCAGCCGGUCAGUCCGGCAGGAACAAGGUAGCAUUGAAGCCUGGCCACAGUCUGAUGGACUGGAUCCGUGUGGCUAAGAGUGGCCGAGACCUGACAGGGCUGAGAGGUAGACUCAUAGACGUCACGGAGGAGGAGCUGCAAAAACACAACACACGGCACGACUGUUGGACCUGCAUACGAGGCAUGGUUUAUAAUGUGAGCCCCUACAUGGAUUUCCACCCUGGAGGAGAAGAGGAACUGAUGAAGGCAGCUGGGAUAGACGGAACAGACCUUUUUGACCAGGUUCACCGUUGGGUGAACUAUGAGUCCAUGCUAAAGGAGUGUCUGGUAGGGAGGAUGGCUGUGAAGGCCAGCACUGCUCUUAAAGCUAAGUCUGUGAUAAAGGACACCAUCACUCAUUUAAAUGGUCAAGCCCCCCCUCCUUCGCCCACCUUCAUGCUCCCUCCUGCUUUCCUCAUCCCUCCCUCACCCUCAUCACUGCAACCCUCAGCCGCCCCGCCACCACCCCAACCCAAAGACGCCCGGCCCAGGUAUGACUGGUUUCAAACUGAUGUCACAGUCAAUAUUGUGGUUUUCACCAAACGGAAGCUCCCCAACUCUGGCUGUACCAUAGUUGACCUGCAAGAUGGUGUUCUACGGGUGGAAGUUCUUCUGGGGAAAAUGUCCUACAUGCUGCGUCAACGUUUAGCCCAAGAAGUAGAUGGAAGCGUUGCUGUUCACACAGCGUGUGCUGUGGGGAAGAUUCAGGUCAGCAUGCGUAAAGCAGCCAAAGGAAAGUGGGAGGAGCUUGGUGAACCACUGGAAUUCCAUGAUUCUCUCUUCAGGAUGAAAGAUCGAGCGAUCUUCUACAGGGAGUGUAUGUUAGUUUCUAAGACGGAGGUCACACACGACACCUGGGUGUUCCGGUUACAACUCCCUCUAGGGACACUCAUGCACGUGCCAGUUGGGAAACACAUCUACCUCAAGGCCCUCAUCCACGACAGUGAGGUGGUGAAGCCCUACACGCCAGUCGAGGAAACACUGGUACCAGCUACACUGGACUCCACACAGGGGACUGCAGCCACUGACAUCUUCCUCAUGAUCAAAGUCUACCCAGAUGGAGUGUUGACUCCACAUCUAAACAACCUCAACAUCGGUGACCACCUGUCUGUCAGCAGCCCGGAUGGUCCGUUCAGUCUCCGCCUCCUGCGUGAGGUCACUCACCUCUACCUGUUAGCAGCCGGCACGGGGUUCACGCCCAUGGCUCGGGUGAUCCGAUUGGCCCUCCAGGACCUGGGCUCACUCAGGAAAACCAAGCUGAUGUUCUUCAGCAGACAGGAAAGAGACAUCCUGUGGCACUCUGAACUGGACGGCCUCGCUGCUGAAGAUGAGAGGUUCCAGGUGGAGUAUGUUUUGUCAGAGCCGUUUGAUGGUUCUGUUCUGCUCUAUUCUAUGGUUCCAGGUUCCAGGUGGAGUAUAUUCUGUCAGAGCCGUGUGAUGGGUGGACAGGCAGGAAGGGGCGGGUUGAGGCCUCCAUGCUGACUGACUUCCUGCUUAGGCCUGAGGGCUCAAAGGUCUUUGUGUGUGUGUGUGGCCCCUCAGCCUUCACCGAGCUGACUGUGGGGUGAGUGACACUCCACACCCCUCUACACACUCCAGUUAGGCAUUUAGCCGGGCGGCAAGUAGCCUAGUGGUUAGAGCGUUGGACUAGUAACCGAAAGGUUGCAAGAUCGAAUCCCCGAGCUGACAAGGUAAAAAUCAGUGUUUUUAUGUUAAUGUUGAUUUAGUAGAUUCAAGCUAUUUCAGGAUAUGUAGUGCAAGGAAGUUAGCCUGUAUAACAUUGGAUAACUUUUGAUAACUUUUCCCACCUUUAGGCUUUCUGACUCCCCUUCUCACUUCUCCCAAUCUCCCUCCUCUCUUUCUCAGGUUGGUGAGACAGCAUUGUUUCAGUGAAGAGGAGAUUCAUGCGUUCCAGGGCUGAGUGUCAGUCUCAGGCCUGACAUAUUUCAAACUCACAGCCAUAGGUGUCAAUGGGACAUUGUGUGAGAGCAAUGUGUGUGUGUGAGAGAAAGAAGACACAAUUUGUGAGAGAGUGUCUGGGAGAGAAGAUAUGUUGUUAGGCUGCUGGCCAAUGUGUUUUUUGGCACAAUGUUUUUCUAUGCACUGUAGACUGAACUGAUGGACCUGAUUCCUGUGGUUAGCAGCGAUGCCAGAGCCCCACAAGAGGCUCUUUGAAUCUGGAAGGAAAGCAGCUCUGUCUCUCUCUCUCGCUCCCUCUCUCUCUGUGUCUCUGUCUCUGUCUCUCUCUCUCUCUGGUGCUUUGAAACACGGAUGGACAGUUAUUCUCUCUGGUCGCUUAGGACGUGACCGCUGGGCUCUCUGAGCUGGUGAAUCACACACAAAGGAUGAAUGGUCAAUUACCCAGCAGCACUGAACCCUCAGGUCAACAUCUUCAGCUCACUGUCUGUCUAUGUCUGUACCAGAGCUUUUUGAACCGUCCUGUCCUUGAACACUCCUCUGCUCUGACCACAGAGAGAGAGGUCUGGGGUUGUUUAUGAGGAGUUCUGAUCAUUUAAAUCUUCCUUUUGUUGAAGAAGUAAUGAGAAUUUCCAACCUGCUGUUGGCAUAUACCCUCCUACAGAGAGUUAUUAUUAUUCAGCUAGUUGUUUUGGCUGUGCUGCUGCUGUUCUGUCUGUUCUGCAGCCUGUGGUUCUGUUUGAGAGAGACUGAUGGUUAAGCAGACCAGUCUUCAGAAUCAGUACUUUUACUCUCUCCCCCUCUUCUCGAUCUCUCGCUCUUUUAUCUCUCCCCCUCUCUCUCUUUCUCUCUCACAGGUUGAUGUUGUAGUACUCACAGUAGGUGAAACAUACCAAUGGGAAUACAUUACGCAAUACAUUACACACCUACGGAAAUGUAUUUAAAUAAUUAAAUUAUAUUUUUAUUAAAUGUGUAUAUUUCAUUCAUUAAUACCUCGAGCCCACAGUGAUCUGAUUUAAGUGCUUGAUGUUUGAUGCAGUUAAAUGAUUGUAAAAUGCUUCCGGGAACCCUGACCAUGCGUCCUUUACUCUUUCUCACUCUUGUGAAAUACAUGAGGUUGGUAAGACACCAACUAUUGUGAUUUCUCCUCGUGGAACAUCAAACUGCCAGACCGAACUAUGUCAAUCCUGCAGAGUUGUUCUAUGCUAUGAGUGGUCCCUCUGGUAAGAUGUAGCUCCGCUAUUAACCUAAUAAGAGGGGCUCUUAUCUGGCUGUUUCCAGCUGCAGUCAGUCCAUCUGCCUCUUUAGAUGUAUCCUUCCAGACAUCAUUACUGAGUCAAUCUGGGUGAAAAUGGAACAAAAUGUCCAUGAAAUUGAAGGUGUAUUUUCAUGAAAUCUCAUAGAUGUCGUUUUGGAGGAAGAAACUUUUAUAUUGGACAUUGGUAUCAAUAAAGCAUGUCCAUGAAUGUAUGCGAUCUUGGCCUUUUCACAGUUUAUUUUUCUCUAAUUUGUUCUCUGUCGAUCGUAUGGAAAGUGCUAUUUAAAAACCUUAUCCUGCGUGGCAUUUACUUUUUAAUAACAUCAAAGUACAUAAUGUCAUGGUCAUUUUCUUCCUUUUUCACACAGAAUGAAUUGCAGCAUUUCUUACCACUGAACAUAACCCUUUCAAAGAUCACACCUGUCAACGUAACACACAAGGCCAUGCUACGUGCAAUACUAUAACAGUCAAGCUUCUAUGGACGAAAAGCACUUGAUGAAAGUACCAGUUGUUUCGCAUGACAAAAAUGACUGAAAUGUGUUGGGUUCUGGUUUUUAAAGAAAUACACGAGCUGAUUAUUUCGAUUGGUUUUGUGGCUCAUCUAAUGUUGAUCUAACCACAUCUUUUUUAAUACAUGUCCAGCGUUGUACAUCAUGCACAUUAUAACUAGCAUGUCAAUCAUAUGAGCUGUCCUGAAGCAAAUUAAAAGAUGCACGAAAUAUU